AUGUUUAUUCAACCAUCCUCCAUGCCGGCCAUUCCCCUCCGGCUUUCCCUUAGAAAUGUCCGCCAUGCUCGAAGGGUCCCCAAUUCACCAUAUGGGCAUUCUUUAAGCGCAGUCUAUAGAAUAGCUCAAACCAAUGGGCGUCACCUGUCUGGAGGGGCCGGGCGCCCUCACACUCAUUAUAUCUCUGCAUGCACCACUCGAGGGUAUGCCACAGAUAGAACCUCAUCCGAGCUAUCGUAUAACCGCAAACCUCAAUAUCAGUCACAAGAAAGACAUGCCUCGACGCAGGCGGUCGAUAAUGGGUCAUUGGCCGGUGAGCCAUCCAUAAAUUCCUCGCCGACGGAAUCUGUUAUAUAUCCAGAGCCAUAUUCCAGGUUGACGGAAACAUACGCUAGGGAGAAUGCGGCCUUGCCAUCUUCUGAAUCACUCUUGGCCUUACCUACUCUCCUUUCGAAGCCAGAAUCCUCACUUCAUACACUCUCACAAAUGGGGAUUGUUGAGAUUGAUACGGACGUUGCCAAACUUUCUGAUAUAGGAGCUGUGAUGUGCAAAUUGUACUCUGCAGAAAAUGCCGCCUACGUUUUUCUCGUGUCUGCACUCCAUACCAAGGGUUACCUUAACAAGAUUGCACAAUCGUUCAAGACCUUAUGGGACAUGAGAGCGCACCGCUUUGAUCUAUCAGAUGUUUACCAUUAUGCUUCUCGGUUUGCAUCCUUACCUGAAAUACACUACCGAUCCACACCGGAACCUGGUUUUACGUCAUACGCCCAGCAUGAAGUUAGGAUUGAGUUGCCAGGUCAAAAUAUCAAAUCUGUUGCUACGGGAGAUUUCCUUCCCCGGGUCGUCACUGAAGCUUCUCGCUCCUUCAUAGCUCAAACACCACGCCAGGGUAUUCCAGGAAAUCAUGAGCGAAUUAAAGACGAUUCUGCUCUUACGGUGGAUGUUGCUCCAAAUCUUCUAAACUUUUACCUGUCAAAAUAUGAUCAAUCUAGCGAGAUUGAAUCACGAUGUACCCAGGAAAACUUUGGCCCUUCUACGGUCUACUAUGGGACACUUUAUAUCGAUGGCCAACCUGUGUCAAAACCGGUAAUGGCUGACUCCGCAAAAUUAGCAAAAUCCCUUGCAAGGCUCGCAGGAGCUGUUCAUCUCAUUAGCAAGAACCCGUCUCUCUGGCCAGACUUUAUAAAUGAGAUGCGAGAAACUUCGCCCGUUGUUCACUCCGUCUCUGUUUCGAUGUCUUCUGAAACUCUCUCCGCCAUCCAAACCUCACUCGAAAAUAUUUACUACCCUAGUCCCAAAGGCCAGACUAAAACUAAAGAGACCUGUCCGAACAACAUUGAGUCACUGUUUCCGAAUGUCCUUGCUUCAGCUGUGCGCCAGGCCGAGUCUGUUGAUCCACCUUUUCUCCCGUUUAGCAACCGUCCAUUGGAGGAGUCGCUCCACGCGCGAAAUUCUUUGCCUGCAAGGAAGCACGCCAAGCAAAUCCUGGAUACGAUUAACGAACACACUGUUAGCAUCAUAGUUGGAUCUACAGGGAGUGGGAAAACAUCUCAAAUUCCCCAGAUGGUGCUGGAGCACUCCCCUAGUUCCAACAUAAUGGUCACCCAGCCUCGCAGAGUCACUACUACAACUAUGGCGCGGCGAGUUGCGUUUGAACGUGGUGAAGCGCUUGGGAAAUCCGUUGGAUAUGAAAUUCGAUGGGAUGCUAUAAAACCCUCGUCAAACAAUGGUAUCACCUAUCGAACGACUGGAGUUAUGUUACUGGAUAUGUUGCGGAGAGGCGAUGAGAUUUUGGACACUGUAUCUCACAUUUUUGUUGAUGAAACACAUGAACGUGAUACUCCUACGGACCUCCUCCUCGCGCUAUUAAGGAGGGAGAUCAACCGACGUUCCAAUGCAUCCAUGUCGAUUCCAAAGAUCAUAAUUAUGACUGCAGACCCCGAAACCGCCGCCCUUGAAACCUAUAUGGGAGCUGUGUCCGAAAAUGGAGAACCUAAUCCAGCAACUCGCAUGGUGAUCCCAAAUUCCUCUCAUCCUGUUCAGCGUUACUUCCUUGAAGACAUACUGCAUUCUUUAUUCUCCAAUCAUUCUGCUGAAGAUUUGAUGCCCUUACUCUCUGACACAUCAACAAGCCAACAUAUCGCAUCCGAAAAGGACUUGAUCACUCCUGAACCCUCGGAAGGCAAUGACGAGGCUAAGCUGCCUAUUCCUAAUGCAUUACUAGAGGAGGCUACAGCCAACGCCCCAAUCAACGAGAAAGAGCAUUUUGUUCCUCUUGGGCUGACUGCUGCUACGAUUGCUCAUAUUGCGAAAACAGAAGAGGAGGGCGUUAUCCUUGCUCUUUUUCCCGGCCUUGACGUGAUGAAGCGUCUUGAAACGUUACUCUAUGACCAUCCUCUUGGAGUUGAUUUCAGCGAUCGAACCAAAUUUCAAAUUUUCAAGUUACACUCUGGUCUGGGCGAUAUCGAUGAAAAUGUAUUACGUCCAGCUAAGGACGGAUGCCGAAAAAUAAUUCUGUCAACAAAUAUUGCUGAAAACUCGAUAAAUAUACCAGAGGUCCGAUAUGUGGUCGAUAGCGGGAAGAAACAUGAUUCGGUCUACGACCCGUCCACUGGGCUGCGGAAAGUAGUUGGUGGCUGGGUUGAUAAGCUGGCUAUCCAUCAAAGGGAAGCAUGUGCAAGCCGAACUGGUAAUGGUUCCUACUAUGCCACAUUCACACAGUCGAGAUAUGACGCAUUGACGAGGAGCACUCCUCCCCGGAUCUAUGUGGACGAAAUUGAAACUGAAUCUCUCCAGCUAAGAGCCACUUUACCCGACUUACCUCUCCGCGACUUCAUGCGUCAGGUGCCAAAUCCACCUUCGCUAGAUCGUCUCAACAGUACCACUGCAAACCUGCAGUCAAUUGGCGCAAUAGAUAAUAAUGGUGACAUCACCGCGCUAGGUCGUAUCCUAUCCCUAUUACCUGUCCCUCUAAAAGCUGGCAAAAUGGUCAUGCUCGGAAUUCUAUUGAGAUGCUUUGAGCCUGCCUUGAUACUUGGUGCUGCCACACAUGCUCGCUCCCUUUUCAUUCCAUCUCGGUCUGAGAGAUGGUAUAAUUCACCGCGCCGAAAGUUUGCAGGAGAAACCAACAGCGACCAUAUAGCAAUCUUGAGAGCCUAUCGAAAAAUUAACCAAAUUUCCAACAAGCAUGGACAGGAAGCUGCUCGGAAAUAUUGCUUGCAGCACUCUAUGAGCCAUGCAACAUAUCUGGACAUGGAGUUAUUUAUUUCACGGAUAACCCUCACGCUUCGUCAUCUCAACCUCAUUCCAGCUACAGAGAGCGAGUCUGGGGAGAACAUCCUCAACGAAAACUCUGGCGAUCACUCGGUUCUUAGGGCACUUAUCACUGCCACUGUAACCCCAAAUAUUGCCAUCAAGCCCAGUGAUAGUGGAGGCCAAUGGCACACCAAGCGCUUCCCGGCAGCCGUCGUUAGCAAUAAAAGCACGAAUUCGUUCCAGAAAAGCUGGGCGGGUCGAAUGCUAGCGUUUAACGAAGCCUUGAACUUCCAUAGUGAGGCUGACGCAAUCAUGAUGGACACGACGUCUGUUCACCCGCUGAUGGCCUGCCUUUUUGGUGGAAACCUUUCCCGUGAGGAUAAUGCACUUUUCCUUGACUCCCAUUUAGCAGUCAAAAUAAAAUCUUUGGAUGGCAGUAUGGAAAGUGGCUCUCGAGCUGCUAGUGCCGUUGUUAAGGCAAGGAAACUGAUAGACAAGGCAUCCGAGGAUUUCUUCAACGACCUCACCAGCAACAGAAGCUGGGCUGAGGCGGAAUCUGACCGUCGACGCCUUGCGACAGAGAUCAAAAGCAUCAUAGAUACCCUGCCUGAUACCCGCCAGUCAGGCCCGCUGAUACGAAAAAUGCCCUAA